AUGCGAGCAAGCAAAACACUAAUUCCCAUCAUCGCCAGAAAGUCAAAUUUUUCAGUAGGCGGUACCAGACUGGACGACUCUUGUGUUCGUGUCAGUUUGGGACUGAGACUCGGUUUACCCAUUUUAACCGAGUAUGUUUGUUUAUGUGGGGCCAAUGUUGAACCCCUGGGCUACCAUGGUCUUUCGUGUCGAUUGGGCCCUGAUAGACAGGCUCGACACUCGACCAUGAACGACUUUUUGGUCAGGUGCUUUCAGAGGGCAAACAUACCCCCAAUUAAAGAACCCACGGGUCUUAUGGAGGAAGGUAGCCUCAGGCCCGAUGGGUAUACUAUUUCACCAUGGGCGCAGGGACGUUCCCUUGCUUGGGAUGUUACGUUCCCUCACACCAUGGCUGAAAGGUACAUUAAUCUUACCUCACAGGAGGCAGGUGCCGCUGCCUUAAGAGCCGCAGACUUUAAAAAUUCAAAAUAUGCGGCUCUUGCAGAAAGCAAAAUUUUUCAGCCAGUCUGCAUUGAGACCUUUGGUCCAACCGAUGCUCAGACUCAGAGUUUUCUGAAUGAACUCUGUAGCAGGAUUGUAGAAGUAUCGGGUGACCCAUUAAAUAAGAGUUAUGUAAAGCAAUCCUUUUCUAUUUUACUUCAAAAAUAUAAUUCUUUCUGUAUUUUGGAUGGAGCGUUAAAAUACCUGUCUGUGCGAAGCGUUUAA